AUGUCCACCUCAUACCCAACAACCCAGCACCCCCUCCCCAAAACCCCACUCCCCACCCUCCUCCACCCUAUCAGCCAAGCCCUCGCACAAAACUACACCACCCACCACAUCUCCAUCGCCUCGCCCCCAGACCUCCGCCUGCCCCCUUACUCCCUCGCCGCCGCCGGCCUCAGCGGCUCGCCCUGCAUCGCCGACAUAGGCGGCCAGGCCCACCUCGCGCCGCUCCCGAAUCGCGUCAAGAUUUACUCUCUACCUCAAAUGGCUGCGCUUAUGGGCUUGCCUGACUCGCAAGGCCUGAUUCUGGGCGCUGCUGCUGGGCCGUUUGGGGAGCUGGGGGUGAAUAGUGAGCUUAUGCCGAAUAUGGCGUGGUAUACCACCACGACCACCACGCCGGACGCCGAUUGGAAAGGAAAAGGGGAAGGGCAAGGCACGGGAAACGGCGAAAAGGUCGUUGUAAACCGCACACGGUAUGCGCGCGUCGGACCCGAUGGCGCAUGUAUAUGCGGCCCACUAGACACACACACCUGCGGACUAAUGGCAAAUCUAUACGGCAGCGAGGGCACGACCGGCGAAGUACUACACAUCAGCGCAAGCGGCACACGACACGGCACAACGGCGAGUUUCACAGAAUGUGUCCGGCAAGGACUAGCCCGACGUUUCGGGGCCGGGCAGCAGGUAUCGCUGGGCGGGGUGAUGCUUGUGAAAGGGGGGCGGGUGAGGGUGCAUGUGAUGCCGGAUUUCAGCGAGACGGCGCUGGAGGAUCGAGGGGCGGUGGAGGGGUGGUUGAGGUUUUUUGAGAUGGGGCCGCCGUUGGUUGGGCUGGUGACGUUGCAUAGUGUUGAUGCUGCUGGGUUGGGCUUGAGGAUGGAGCAUACGCAUUGCUUUUCGGAGCAUGGCGAGGGGGGUCAUUACCAUGGGGAUGUGGAGGGGGAGGAGGUCGAGUAUGAGGCGUGGCUGAAUGUUGCGGAGAGGAUCACGCGGGUUGAUAGGCCUGUGUCAUAG